UAAACUAUACACACAUACCAAAAAAAAAAAAAUAUGCCAGAUACAAAGACACCUUUGCUUGGUAAAAAACCACCGACAAGUCGUCCCAAGAAUCAAAGACGAAGAUCCUCCUUUGAAGCUUCCACAUAUAAUAGUGCAGGCAGAUCUUUGAGUUAUUCCAAAAAGAAGCAAUUGUUAGAUGAAGAUGCAAGUAUCCCAGGUUUAACUUUAUUACAAAUCUUGACCUUGACUAUUUGUAUGGCAGGUGUACAAUUCACAUGGACUGUUGAAUUAUCAUACGGUACUCCUUAUCUGUUAUCGCUCGACCUAUCCAAGGAGAUGACAGCGUUAGUCUGGUUAGCAGGUCCUUUAUCUGGAUUAUUGGUCCAACCCUUGAUCGGUGCUUUCAGUGAUAAAUGUACUUCUCGUUUAGGAAAGAGAAGACCUUUUAUUAUCGUGUCGGGUAUACUGACCUGUCUUUCCAUGGUCGGUGUUGCUUAUGCUAAAGAAAUCGGACAUUCCUUUGCUACUUUCUUUCAUGACGAACCUGAUGUCAUUAAAGACGUCGCUCAUGGAAAUGCUAUCAUUGUGGCUGUGGCUUCAUUCUACUUUUUAGAUUUCACUUUGAAUGCAGUUCAAGCGAUUUGUCGUGCCUUGAUUUUAGACGUGCCACCACUUUGGCAACAAGAUGACGCUAAUGCUUGGAGUGCACGUAUGAGUAAUUCCGCCAUGGUGAUUGGAUAUUUCGUCGGAUUUGUGGAUUUAGUAAAGUAUUUACCUUGGUUGGGUGAUUCUCAAGUCAAGGUAUUCUGUAUUGUUUCCAUCGUAGUCUUUUUGUUCACUUUAGCUAUUACCUGUAUCACCACCAAAGAGAAAGUCAAUGAUAAGAAGGAGGAUUUGGAUAAUAACCAACCUUGGUACAGCACGUUCUUUUACAUUGUCAGAGCAUUCAGAUAUUUACCCAGACCUAUUCAAACAUUAUGCAACACUCAAUUUUUUGCUUGGAUGGGUUGGUUCCCCUUCUUAUUUUACAGUACACAAUGGGUCUCAGAUAUCUAUUUCGCUACCCAUUUACCCAGUGCGCCGGAAAUGCCGAUCGAUUGGGCUGAAGGUACACGAGCUGGAUCAUUUGCUUUAUUGUGUUACUCCAUUGUUUCCGUCUUGGCCGGUCUCAUCAUUCCUGCCUUAUCCAAUGCCUUUAAAAACGUACGCUGGUUAUCUCUCUUAAACAUUUACACUCUGUCUCAUUUCACCGUUGCAAUCGCCUUGAUUUCUUCUUAUUUCGUCAGCACUGUCACGCAAGCCACUGUGAUUUUGGCCAUCAUGGGUAUCCCCUGGGCCAUUGUUCUUUGGGUUCCCUUCUCAUUGGUUGGAGAAUAUGUGAGUUAUGAAGACGAAAAGAGACAGACGUUUUUACAUUCAGGACCAGUGGAAGCACCCAGUUAUGCCUCUGUGGUAGCAGCAGGACCCAGUACAACAAGUGAAGAAGAAAGACAAGAGAUGAAUGAUGAGUUCGAUGCCGGUAUGAUUUUGGGUGUGCAUAAUAUGUAUAUUGUUUUCCCUCAAUUUGCAGUGGCCAUUGUUUCUUCAUUUAUUUUUGCUGCUUCUGAUGCUAUUAAGGAUGGACCCGACAAGGCAUUAUCCAGUGUCACACCUGUCUUGAUUUUUGGUGGGUUGAUGGCUUUAAUUGCUGCUGGAUUCAGUAGGUUUAUUGUUCGAGUCACUUCUUAAUAUCACAUGCUUUAAUAAAGUCACAACUUUUUUUUAUUUUUUUU